AUGGGUGACUACUUUGCAAGGAGAAUGGAUUAUGACAUUGACCUCAACAUUCCAUUGGUUCCUGAGGAUAGCACUCAAGACAUGAUGAACAUAAGUAAUGCAAACAAUGAAGUCCAUCCAGCUGCUGCUUCAGAUGUUUCAAAUUCUCGUACUUAUCAUGUUCAACCAAUGAUUUUUAUUAAUCCUGUCCUCGUCAUUGUCAACCAUGGAGUCCCACCAGACCCAAGACGUAGCCUUCAUCGUCGUUGCAAAAAGCCUCGUUCACCUGAUUCAUCAAGAUUCUGCACAAAUCUUCAAUGUAUGGCAAGAAACACUCCUAUGUGGCGCUCUGGACCUAUUGGACGAAGGACUUUAUGCAAUGCUUGUGGAAUUUACUACAAAAAACAUGUGGUACGUGGAAAUAUUCCGGCAAUCGUAAUCCAUGAAGAUGGUUCUUCAUCUGUUUUUGUUCCACCAACUCAAUAUGUGGCAGGAGGUUCUUCAACUGCCUAAUUUGGAUGAGAUAUGGACCCAUCAACGCCUUUGUUUCCAUUUCUUGAAUAAGUGAGAGACUAGUUUCAUAUUAUUCUCAUCACAUUAUGAUUUUGAAUAAUUAUGCCACUGUUGUUUUUUAUGUUUUUGUUGUUGAAAAAUCUUAUAUGAUAGUUAACUAUUGGAGACUAAAUAACUCCG